AUGGAUUAUACAUUCAAGAAGCCAACACUAGAAUCCUACAAUAUCCUAUUUAAAGUACAGCAUAAGAUAGAAGACCCUUCUGUACUACAGGAGUAUCUACAGACUAAUUCAAUGACUGGGUUACACAGAGAGUACAUAAAUUCAGGCAUACUCCCACAUAAAGACAUCCCCAUACCACCAGAAGUAGACUAUAAUUCAUCCUCUGAGGAAGACCUCUUAAACCUCUGCAUAAAGUACUCAUCUGAAGUAGAGUACGAAUUGUUCAACCAAGCCAGUAGGAGACUAAUGGAGUAUAACAAAUCCUUAUCAGUACGCUUUGAUAUUUAUACGGCCCAGAUAAGGAUGCUAAUACUACUGCAGUGGCCAUCAGAACUAGCCAGGAAAUUCACAGAAAUUGAGUCCCUGCUGGAGUUAGGCGUAGACUGGGCCAGGAAGAACAAAUUUAAGGUUUAUUUCGGGUUAUACUUAAUUUUACAGCGUAAAUUUAAGGAAUCUUCAAAUUUCUUAAUUGAUGCCCUUUCCACAUUCGAGUCUGAAGAAAUAAUGGGCUUCUCAGACUUAGUAAAAUUUUCAUUAUUUUCAGGUUUGAUUUCCAUUCCCAGGGAGAAUAUAAAAAAUUUGUCAGAGUCAGAUAUAAAUAAUCACAUAAUUACGAUACCAGGUGCACUAAAUUUAUUAUUAUCACUGUAUAAUUGUACGUAUACGGAUAUAUUCAAGCACAUAUACGUAUUCAGUAAGGAAUUACAGCAUAAUCCGUACUUAUACGAUAAAUUAGACUAUUUUAUAUACAGGGUUAAGUUACGUGUGUAUAAGCAGAUAUUCAACAGUUAUAAUAGUAUAACUGUAUAUCAGAUAAGCAAGAUAUUAAAUAUAUCAGAAGGGUAUAUAAUAAGGGACAUAGAAGUAAUGAUAAUAAAGAAGGACUUAUUAUGCAAGGUAAAUCACAGUACUAUGAUGGUGUACAAAGUAAUAAGGGAGGCACAUGACAGUAUAAUAUAUAAGGCAGAGGAUAUAUUACAUACUGUACAGAAAGAGAUAUCGAAUGAGUAA